AUGGAGUUCAACGAUCCCUCAAUUGUCUCUGUGGUCGUAUCCGAUGAACAAGGACAACCACAAUUGGUUCCUGGUGGAACUCCACUCACAAAUCAGCAUUCCCUCAACGACAGGAACAAUAAUAUUGGGAAACUAUUCAAGAAAAUUGAAGCCUUUGACACAAUCAAGGAUUAUAAACCAGCCCACACAGCCACUAAAUCACAUAUCUAUUCUAUUAAUGAAUUGUUUACGCUCUCCAAAAACUUACCACCAAAUGUGGUGACCGAAGUGACCAACGUAUUACCGAAGAAGAAAUUUUGGAGGCUACAUCAAAGAUUUACUGACCAUUCGAAGAAUACUGCCAAUGGUUUUGUACCAACAGCAAAAAACAGCAACUUGAAGAGUAAAGCAACUUACGCUAAUAAUGAAAAUACACAUUUCGAAAGAAGAAAUAGUAAGACAAGAAACAUGAAGGGGAAUAAUACAAGAAAGGGUAAUAAAUUCAAUUCCAAGAAUGAGCAUGAUAAUGAAAUCAAUGCAAACAAAGAAUUGCUGGCUUUAGAAAAGCAGUUAGAACCUACAGGGAAUUCAAUGGCUGAUUUUGAAGCCUGGAAAACCAAAAUGAAGGAAUUAGAACAGAAGAAUAAGGGAAUUUCCAGUGGUGGUUCAGGAUCUUCUGGUAUUGAUAAGGAUCAGACAUCCCAGUCGUCAACAUUAAAACCUAUUUUUACAACCACUUCAAGCUCAAUAUCAGAGUUUUUGAAAUUAUCUAAGAACAACAAUGACAUUGCAAACGGAAAUGAAAGCGCUUCAACUGGAGCAACAAUUGCUUCAACUGCUCCAAUAAUCGAAACAAAGAAUGAAAAAUCAGAAACAGAUAAUCUUCGUCCAGAUAAUGCAUCGGACGAUAACGGAACCAAUAAACCACAAUCCGAGAGCAAUGAAGCAUCAAAGGCAUUUGCUGGUGUACCUCUGGAUACUGGCAGAAGUUCAUCAUCAAGGUUUAGUUCAUUUUUUUCAACCCCAGCUAGCGCAACAGUAAAUUCAGAAGAGCAACCAUCUUCUAAAACUGAGAAGCCAGCAACGCCAGUAAAUAGUGAUAAAGGGACAGUAAACACCAACAACCCUGGUGGCUCACGAUUAAUGUCCUUUUUCAAAAACAGUUCUGCUUCAAGCACACCAAACCCCGAAAAGCAGAUUCAAAUUUCUAGCCAAGAACAAGCACAACCCCAAACUUAUAAUAAACCCGAUAAUACGGUGCCAGAUGCUCAAAUGAUGCCACAACAAAGACCGAAUGGGUAUUUGCAGCAGCCACGACCACAAGGACCACCUACUUUGCAAGGGCAGCCUCAAUUGUUACCAAUGCAAAUGCAAACAAAUAAUACCUUCUUCCGAGGGCUUUUAAACAAAAAUAAACUAGCUGAGGAAAGUGGUAAUAAUUCAAUUGGUCCAAUGGCACCUCCUCCAGGUUUGGGAACUCAGCACCAGCAGCCAAAUCAGCAUCAAAAUCAACAACAGUAUCAGCAAUAUCCUCCGAGCAUGGGGCCACCACAAAAUUUGCACAUGGGUAUGCCUCCUGUUCAUAUGAUGCCACCACCUGGCAUGCAAGGGUUCCCUAUGCAGCAACAUCAACAAAUGUUGAAUAACAGUAGAAAUAAGGAAGGUUCCGCAAAUUCAAUUAGUGAUAAUAAGAACUCUAAGAAUCAAAAUAAUAACGAUUUGCAACAACAGCCACAGCCACAGCCGUUCAUGCAUGGAAUGGCUCCUCCUCCAGGCUUCCCACCGAUGCAAGGCAUGCCACCUUUGCCACCUAAUUUCAAUCCCAACAUGAGAAUGCCUCCCAACGGAAUGCUACCACCACCUCAUCAGCAGCAAGGUUUCUUCCCUCCUCAACAUCAAAUUAAUCAACCUUUACCUGGGAAUUUCCAGGGUCGCCCAAAUUUUUCACAGGAAGCACCUAACCUAAAGGAAAAGAAUGGUAAGCAUUGA